CCCGAGCACAGCCGCACAGACAUAAUGAUCCAGAUGUACAAGUAUAUAAGACCAAAGAUCUGGUGGCACCUCCACCUGAAGGCUGAUCACCAAACAGAGGUUCAGGUAGAGUCCUAAGGAUGGGAGACAAAGGAACAGAAACAGGAGUAGCAGCCAUGGCAGCUUGCUACCAGAGAUUUGAUCCUGCAGCGUAUCUUCAGUAUAACUACACGCCACCACGGGCAGAUUUUGAGAGGAAGGACAGCAUUGUUCCAUGGAAACUGGAGUGUCUGCACAGAGCUUUCAAUGAAGGUAAGGAGACGAGGUGAUUGCUCAUUAAAACUCUAUGCACUAUGCCAAACUAAUCAGUCAACCCCUCCCUUAUAGGUGAUGUGAGUGGUGAGCUGCUGGUGGACAUAGGCUCAGGUCCAACCCUCUACCAGGUGCUCAGUGGCUGUGAGGUUUUCAACCAAGUCCUCCUCACAGACUUCCUGGAGGUUAACAGGCAGGAGCUGAGGCACUGGCUUCAGGAUGAGGGAAGCUGCAGUCUGGACUGGACACCCUAUCUGCAGCAUGUCUGCAAACUAGAGGGACGAAGGUAAGAACACAUCCAUCAAAGUCAGUCUGAAAUUUGAGAUACUUUAAAUAUUUGUAAUCUAUUGUGAAACAUAAAGCCCUCCAGAGGAAACAAUUUGUCUAUCUUAUGAAAGACUUUGAAAAGAUACUUUUUUAAUGGCAAUUUUGAGUUUCUUUCUUGUCUUUCACUUUCUUUGCAGAGACACCAUUUUCCCCUUAUAAUUGGUUUCACAAUCUUGAGAAUGGAUCAGUCAUUUUCUUUAGAGAAUCAUCAAAUCUUAUGUUUUAUACUGGUUUUCAUGAAUAAUGAGUGCACUGUGACUUAAUUCAGUGAUUUGGGAAAACCAUUCAUUUGAUAAGAGGGGACACAAGGACAAUUUUGGAAACAACCUUUAUGUCAAGUUUGAAGUGUAUAAAUUCAGCCAUGCCAGUGGGACUCGGGAGUUGAGCUUAAAUUUGAUGCAUUUUGCAAGUGAACCUACGAGCAGCGAUAAUGCAAGCAUGCUGCGAGUAAUAUCAACAUAUCGACAACUAGCAAGGUAAUAGCAAUUAGCAUCAGUUUAUGGGGAACUACUGUAUAAAUUCAGUGCAACAGUUUUGCUAGAGAAACUGCCAGUAGGGGAGAGUGGGGUAAGAUGAGCCAUUUUUCGUAUUUCGGAUCACUACAUCAAGGCAACCGUAGUUUUGUCUCUAACUAGUGUAUCUGCAUAUAUUUCAAGAUGUUGUGCAUCCCUACAAACCAACAGAAUGAGUGUAAACAGAACUGUCUUGAUAUUAUAGCAUGACAAAAAAAGUGGUCUCCUAUGGUCAACUUACCCCUUGUAUGGGGUAAGUUGACCAUAGGAGUGGGGUAAGUUGAGCCGUAUCCGUAUGAAUUAAUGCCCAUCUCCUAAAUAUUUGGUCACAUGAUCAAUUUCUUUUACUAUUUCCAAACAACAGAGGGUGGCUCAACUUACCCCACUCUCCCCUACCAGAAAAGCAAGUAGUGAUACCAGCAUGCUGAUAGUAACCAGAUUCAUAUUAUCCAUGCUGUUGUCUUAUUUUAGCAUAUGAACUAUGGCUAAUGGGACACUUCUGUUUUGUUGUAAGAUCAGUGCUAAUGUUUGCUUGCAACCCUACUAAGGGUAGCAAUGCAAUAAGGUUAAUACCAACAUGCUAAUGGUAAGCAAGACAACUUUUUACCCGUGUUUAUAAGCUAUGCGAUCCAAAACACAAAGCACAUAGUUCAGAUUGAAGGGGAUUAUUGAUAGAUUUACACUUUUUGGAUGCUUGGAAAUUUCUCUAGCGUCUAUUGAAACAUUAUGCGCAAAGCCAAAGCUUGUCACAUGGUGGUGCCACAGCAAAAAUCAAACCAUCUUGCCUUCCCUAAAGCUGGGCCCCUUAUUUAUAACUAAUUCACACUCAAAUAUUACAACUUUGCAUCAUAAGUUGGUGACUGCAUAUGUCUCCUCCAGGCCCUCAGCAUGGACUGAGAAAGCUGCCAAACUAAGGCAGGCCAUCACUGACAUCCUCCCCAUUGACGUGCACCGCCCUCAGCCUCUAGCCAGCGACAUCCUUCCCUCUGAAGGGGCCGACUGUCUCGUCUCCUGCUUCUGCUUAGAGAGCGUCAGCCCUGACCUGCCUGCCUUCAACCGGGCCCUGGGUCACAUUGGGAAGCUCCUGCGGCCCAGUGGCCACCUGCUGCUUAUUGGGGCCCUGGGAGAGAGUUACUACUUUGGUGGGCCUGGGGUUAAGAUCCCUGUAGUCCCGCUGAACGAGGCCCAGGUCUGUGCUAGUCUGAGUGAAAACGGUUACACCCUGAUCAGGCUGGAAGUUUACACACUGCCCCAGGACAUGAGGGUGGGGGUGGAUGAUGUGAGUGGGGUGUUCUUUGUGAAGGCAAGGAAAGAUUAA